AUGCGAUCCAGAUUGGGGGAGUUGGAUGAACAGCUUGCUGGUGAUGUUCUUCUCUAUCUAAUCGCUGGCAGCGGGUUGCAGUAUAUAAAAAUCGAAAAAUGGACUCUGAAUUACAGGUCCAAACUAGACAACAUUUUCCUAGCAUGGCGAGGAAACCGCACGCAACAAGACAUGUAUCACUUUGUCUUUGUAGAAAAUGGCUACACCUGCUACGAAGUUGAUUUUUUGUGUCUUGUUGAUGACUACUAUCAGAAAGAAUACGAUGAAAUUGGAAAACUUCACAUCUAUUUGAAGCAGGUCACGGAGGCACGGCUGAUUCGGAAUGCGAUAAAUGAGCUAGUAAUUUACUUAGGCAGUUCCACUGUAGAGAUUGGUCCAUUUCCUCGUAUAUUUCUGAACUAUGACCACUGGAAUCGCUUUGUUUUCAAACAGAAAAGGAUAUCGAUGCUCAAUGAAAAGCAAUGUUUUGCUUCUCACAACAAAGGCAAGAAAGAAAAAACGGCAUGCCUCGUGCGCAAAUGGAUCAAGAAAAAGGUUGUAAACAUUCUAAACUGCACUUUGCCGCCCUUCAAUGAGAUUCUUCCGUAUUUGGCGAAUAUAACAGUUUGCGAACCGGCAAAAGUUGCGCAAUCAUAUGAGCAUAUCACUGCACCUAUAACGGAAGAGUUCAAUUGUCUUCCAACAUGUGAACGCAUCGAAAAUCAAUGGAGUCUUCAGUCGUCCAAAAUUCGAGGUCCUUCACCACGCAACUAUUCGUAUGAGGUAGAGGCAUCAUUUGGUGAACUUCAGUAUGAAGAAUACCGAGAGAUACGACUUACAACAACACUAAAUUUCUUGUCGGAGCUUGGUGGACAGCUUGGACUAUUCGUCGGUAGCUCCUCAUUGACUUAUGUGCAACUACUGCUUUCGAUUGCCAUUUACGCGUAUGACUUGGCAAAGAGAACUUUACUUGAGCACACUGUACCAAUGACUCGUCAUUAA